CACCACCAAUAUGUUAGGUAUUUAAUUAAUUCUAUGUGAUAAAAUAUGUUAAACAAUGUAUAAUAUCAAAAUAAAAACAAUAAAUAUUGGAAGGUAGCUGUUUUUAUAAAACACAAUCCACCAAGCCUUGUACAAGCAAUUCACAAUCACAACCCACACUUAGUAACAAAAUCUGGUUUAGCUGACACAUACAAGUACUCUUCCAACACACAACUAAUUAAUUCCCAAAAUCAAACUCAUCAAAUUCCUUAAUUUAAUCUUUUAGGAGGCGAUCUGUACAUGAAGGUAUCGUUUUAGCUAAAUAACAAGUGAUAACGUACAAUCACAAAAAGCUUCAUUUAGCCCUCUAUACGAACCACUAUAAAUAUCAUAACUUGGCUCCAUUUAAUUAGAAGAAAAAAAUUAACCACCAUAAAUAAUAUAUUAUGGCUCUUAAAGUAAUAUCGUUGGUAAUCCUGGCCGUACAGUUAAUAACACCAAUUUUGGCCAAACCAAACCUCAUCCCGUCGGAUGAAUCAAAGCUAGACGAUUGGAUUGAUCACAACAUGAAAGCCUACGAGAAAGACAAGGGAAAUGUUAGUGAGACAAUAAAUAAUAAGGUCACCCUUGACAAGGUACUAACGGCUGCGGAGAAUGCCGUUAAGAUUGUCAAGGUCAGGAAAGAUGGCAUGGGUGACUUCAAGACAAUCACAGACGCCGUUAAAAGUAUUCCAUCAGGGAACACUGGGAGGGUGAUAGUGUGGAUUGGAGGUGGGGUUUACCGUGAGCGUAUAACGGUAGAUAGGUCCAAAUCAUUUGUGACUUUUUACGGAGAUGAGGAUAAUGUGCCAGUAAUCACGUUUGAUGGCACUGCACAAAAGUUUGGGACUUGGAAUAGUGCCACAGUUGCGGUUGAGUCUCACUACUUUGUUGCUGCUAAUAUUGCUUUUGUGAAUUCAGCUCCAAAACCAAAGGGAAAACUCAACGGAGAACAGGCUGUAGCAUUGAGGAUAUCAGGAGACAAGGCAGCUUUUCACAAUUGCAAAUUUAUAGGUUUUCAAGACACAUUGUGCGAUGACAAAGGUAGACAUUUGUUUAGAGAUUGCUACAUUGAAGGCACCGUUGACUUCAUCUUCGGCAAUGGACAAUCCCUUUACUUGAACACAACUAUAAGAUCGGUUGCUAAGCAAACAGGGGUUAUCACAGCCCAAGCAAGGACAAUGGUGUCCGAAAACAGUGGAUUCACUUUUGUUCAUUGCAAAAUCAUAGCUGAGGGUGACACUUAUUUAGGUCGAGCUUGGAAAGAUAUGCCGAGAGUGAUAUUUGCAUAUACUUACAUGGGACCCCAUAUCGAUGUUAAUGGCUGGUCUAAUGGCAUGUGGCCUAUUCAAGCGCAAGCCAAAAAGGAUGUGUAUUAUGGAGAGUACAAGUGCAUGGGACCUGGAGCAAAUACUUCUGGGCGUGUCAAAUAUGCAAAAAUGCUAACAGAUGAAGAAAUCAAACCUUUUAUGAGCAUGACUUUCAUCCAAGGCAACAAGUGGCUUAUCCAGCCUCCAAAUCUUAAACGUUGAAUGCCAACCUCUCUUAUUUUUUAUUUUUUUUAUGAGCGUGACUUUCAUCUAAGACAACAAGUGGUUUAUCCAGCCUCCCAAUCUUAAACAUGCCAAUAAUUCCUCCCUUAAAUUUAUUCAGCAAAAAAGGGGAAAAAAAAAAAGACUUUAAUAAAUCUACAUAAGGGAGCUCAAUUUAUGUAAUUUUAAUGUUUGUAUAUUUUCAAUGUGUAAUAAAGUCAAAAUCAAAAUUUGAUCUAUUGUAUAUUAGCUCCCUUUAAUUAAAUCAAUGGCUAGGUGGAGAUAUAUUUUUUUUUUCUUUUAUGUCUCACUCUUUUAUUUUAUACCAAUAAUUAAUUAAUUUCUUAAUUUUAUAU